AUGGAUGCAGGAAACCAAACAGGUGUCUUAGAAUUCCUCCUCCUGGGCCUCUCAGAAGAUCCAGAACUGCAGCCCCUCCUCUUUGGGCUGUUCCUCUCCAUGUACCUGGUCUCUGUGCUUGGGAACCUGCUCAUCAUCCUGGCUGUCAGCUCUGACUCCCGCCUCCAUACCCCCAUGUACUUCUUCCUCUCCCAACUAUCAUUUUCUGAUAUUUGUUUCAGUUCCACCAUUGUCCCCAAAAUGCUGGUGAAUAUCCAGACAGCAAGCAAAGCCAUCACCUAUGGAGGCUGCAUCACCCAGAUAUAUUUUUACUUCACCUUCGGGUAUCUGGACCACUUCCUCCUGACUGUGAUGGCCUAUGACCGCUUUGUGGCCAUCUGUCACCCUCUGCACUACAUGAUCAUGAUGAACUCACACCUCUGUGGCCUGCUGGCUCUAGUCUCUUGGUCCCUGAGUGUCUUAGUCGCCCUCCUCUACAGUCUGAUGGUGCUGCAUCUCUCAUUCUGCACACACAUGGAAAUUCCCCACUUCUUCUGUGAAUUGACUGAGGUUCUUAAGUCCUCCUGUUCUGAUGCCCUCAGCAAUUACAUUGCAAUGUUUACUGUGAUUGGCCUGCUGGGUAUUCCUCUGAUGACUGGGAUCCUUUUCUCUUACUCUAAGAUUAUUUCCUCCAUAUUGAAAAUGUCCUCAGGGGAGGGGAAGUACAAAGUGUUUACCUCCUGUGGGUCUCACCUAGUGGUCAUCUCCUUAUACUACAGGACAGGGUUAGGCGUGUACCUCAGUUCUGCCUUCUCCCCCUCCUCCUCAAAGGGGGCAGUGGCCUCAGUGAUGUACACCGUGGUCACCCCCAUGCUGAACCCCUUCAUCUACAGCCUGAGGAACAGGGACAUGAAGGGGGCCCUGAGGAAGCUUUUCAGCUGGUCUUUCUUCCCCGUGUGA